AUGGAGCCUUUAUUUGCCACUAAUUUUGCUCAUCAAAAUCGUUAUCCUUCUACUUCUGUUGAAUCUGCUGAUUUUGCUGAAAUUCCUUUACUUCAUAAUUUUAAAAAUCGAAUUGGUUCAUUCAAAACAAAUGAAAUGCACAAAUCUGUAUUUGUUGAAUCUAAUGAAAAUGUUGCCGUUAAUAAGCCAGGUGUAAUGUCACAUAGUUUGGAUGAAGUUACGGGUCAAUCAAAAUUUCCGUCAGAUUUAAAAUCUUCGGAUAAUAUAACCGAAUGUUCUACCAAUUAUGACAAUACAAGCCAGUGCCAUAAAGAUACAGAACUUCGACAUGGUUUUCUCGAAAGGUGUAAAUUGUCUGAAAAUGGGGUGAAAUUAAAAAGAAAAGAUUGGUCUAGUGCUUAUGCUUAUUUAUAUAUUGGACAUUUGUUGUUUUACAAAGAUCAAAAGUCUGCAGAGAAGCAUGGAAAACAUUAUCCUGCUCCUUUGGAUGUUUGUGAUUUGAGAGAUGCAAUUGUCCAAUUUAUUACUGAUGACAAAAAACAAAGAGAUAAGAGAAGGAAGCACAUAAUUUCGCUUUUACUUCCAUCAAAAACAGAAUAUAAUUUUUGUAGUGAUGAAGAAGAAAUAAAUGAUUGGUUUUAUGCUUUACGUCAAGCAAUAAUUUCUGCACCUGCUUUAAAAAUUUCUUCAAAUAAAAUUAUUUGUGAUUGGAAUGGAAGUCUUCAACGUUCAAUUCGGCACAAACGCGAUUCUGCAAGUAGUACUUUUGGAAUUGGAAAGUCAACACUUCACAAUUCUAUAAAAUCACGUUUGAAGCCUUCCUCAACCAAAAGUAUUGCAAUUUCUGACGAUCACUUUUCUUCUGUGGAUAAUAAUGCUGUAGAAGUUGUCCCUCCUGCCAAGGCAACAAUUAUUGAAAGGCUUUUGCGAUUUUUCCGUUCUCGACCUUCAAUGGAAUCACUUAGGGAGAGAGGAAUUUAUAAACAACCAGUAUUUGGAAGUACUUUAAGUGAAAUUUGUUUUAGAGAAAAGUCGUUAGUCCCCAAAUUUAUAACUGAAGUAACUACUUUAAUUGAACAAAAAGGACUUGAUUGUGAUGGUCUUUAUCGAGUAAAUGGCAAUCUUUCUUCUGUUCAAAAAAUUCGUUGCCAAAUUGAUCAGGACAAUUAUGAACCUAUGAGACGUGAGGAGGAUAUUCACGUUCUCAGUGGCGCUUUAAAAUUAUUUCUUCGGGAGCUUCAAGAACCUAUUUUUCCGGCUACAAUGCAUAAAGAAUUUAUGUCUGCUAUAAGAGAUUCUGGCUCAAAAAAAUUUAAAUGUAUAGAUGAUUUGCUUCACAAACUUCCACAAGUUAAUAAACAAACUUUGCGUGUUUUAAUUUUACAUCUCAAUAAAGUAGCAACACAUUCUGGAAAGAACAGAAUGCAAAUUCACAACCUUGCCAUUAUUUUCGGGCCUUCAAUGUUUUGCUCAGAUGAAAGAAAUUUUAAAACAACUCAAGACAAGGGAAAAUCAAAUAAUAUCGGGAAAAGAAAAACUGUGGAUAAACGACAGGAGGAAGUUCAAAAUCAGCCUUUAAUUGUAGAGCCUACACAAAACUUAGCCUUUCGAAUGAUUACUUAUGGCCAGAUUCUCGAAUUUAUUUUAACUGAAGCUGAGAGGUUUAUAAUUACUUUAAUUAUUUUAUUUUUUAGGGGAGGGAUUUAG